AUGAUUCCGAAUGUUUCAGUCAUGUUACGGGUGCUCCUCCUCCUAUGUGUUUGUAUAGCAAUGGCAGAGGCAAAAUACAAAAUAUAUAAGGACCCGAAACAGCCUGUUAGUGUUCGAGUUGAGGACCUUCUACAUCGAAUGACUCUAGUAGAGAAGAUUGGUAAAAUGGUGCAAAUUGAUCGGACCAAUAUUACUGCUAAGAAGGGUUCACUGUCCACUAGACUUGGGAUUCCAAUGAUUUAUGGAAUUGAUACUGUUCAUGGUCACAAUAAUGUCUACAAGGCUACCAUAUUUCCUCAUAAUGUUGGUCUUGGGGCAACCAGGGAUCCAGCCCUUGUGAAGAGAAUUGGUGCUGCAACUGCUCUUGAAGUUAGAGCUACAGGCAUUCCUUAUGCUUUCACUCCAUGCAUUGCGGUAUGCAGAGAUCCAAGAUGGGGACGAACCAAGGUUGUGGCCUGUGCGAAACACUUUGUGGGUGAUGGUGGCACGACGAAAGGGAUCAAUGAAAACAACACGGUGAUUGACUGGCAAGGACUGCUCAAAUUUCACAUGCUUGCUUAUCUCGACUCCAUCAGGAAGGGACUGCUCAAAAUUCACAUGCUUGCUUAUCUCGACUCCAUCAGGAAGGGUGUGGCAACCAUAAUGGUGUUCUAUUCAAGUAGGAAUGGGAAAAAAAUGCAUGCAAAUUAUGAUCUUGUCACCAAGUACCUCAAGGGCACCCUUGGAUUCAAGGGUUUUGUCAUCUCAGAUUGGCAAGGUAUUGAUAGAAUCACGUCACCACCCCAUGCAAAUUACACAUACUCCGUUCAAACUGCAAUUCAUGCCGGCCUUGGCAUGGUGAGGACACUGCUCUAA